GGGUGGCGCCGCCUCGCGGAUGCUUUCUGUAACCUAGUCAGUAGGACGCUAGCAGACGACGCUAUAUGUAAUCGUAUGAGACAUUUCUGUUAGUUUACAGCAGGGACGAUUGAUAAUUAUUUUUAAAAUUUUAUGACGUGUCAUGAGCUUUUGUGGGACUGAACGGCAGCCCCUCCCAAGCUCUCUUGAUAGAUACCAGCUUUAAGAUGUUCGAGAGCAAGCCUAGAACUUGGUAACGCGCGCGCAGUCCAACGCGGAUGCGCGGUUCCGCUGCUAGUGCCUGCUGACUUUCUUUUGUUCUGGAUUUAGCGUGUGGCGAUUCUUUGUCUGUUGGUCCUGAUUAGUUUAAUCUAAUUUUAAUCUAGCAGCGUUAAGUUCGCAUUCAGCAGGGCGUGAGGGGACAACUGUGCACGCGCGCGUUGUCGUUGUGGUGGUAUGGAGCUCGCCGAUACCGACGCUUCCGUCCAAGUGACGCUUCCCCUCUCCAGUAUCAACGAGUACGUGGCACAGGAGUUUGCCACAUCACGACUUCUGCUCGAGGGAGAAGCCGUACUGGAAGCUGGGCACGUUGUGACGUGCAGUGUUAAAGAAAAAGUUCACAGUAACAGCACGUUUGUAGGUUUCGUGCUGCAAACAUCGGCUUUAAGCAGAGACCCGCACGAGCUCGAGAUCGUGGUGAAAGAGAAGACAGUGGCAGCUGCAUCAUGCUCGUGCAAAGCAGGGUACGCAUGUUGUGAACUCUUAAUUGAUCUUCCCUGCUUUCGGAAGUUCCCUUUUCUUCCCACAAUCAGUGAAAGCUUCGUGCCUCCAUCAUGGGAUUAGUGAUUACACCCGUUUUCUUCGAUUUGGAAUUCAGUAUCUAUGACUAGAGCCUUGGGCAUUAAACAUGCACAAAAAAAAAAGCUCGUAGAACUUGACGCCAAACUUUAUUGUUAUCACUGUAU